AUGGAGAACGUAGCAGGAAGUGAGGUUAGUUUUGUCCUCUUUUCAAGCGGAAUUGUAUUAUUUACAUAAUGUCUUGUAUACGAAUUGAAAUUUUUCAUAAAUUUUUAGUGUUCUAAAUUUGUUUUAAAUUGCGUGUAAAGUAUACUUAAAAAUUAUAAUUUCUGCACACUAUUCCUAAUAAUUUUUAUUUGUGCGCUAUUUGACAGACUCAACAAAUGGCACAUCAAAUGUCAUCCUUAAUGAAUAUGCCUCCGAAUAGUCAUGGUAUACCAGGGAUAGAUCCACCAAAAGCGUUACCAAGCUUAUUGAGCCUGAAGGUGAGUCCACCAAGUGAAUUACAAAAUCAGACUUUGUCGGAUGACAAUGGCCGGGACCCAGACAACGAUUCUAUGAAAUUGCCAGCAGCUUUAGAACAGGCAUUGGCUUUUAAAACCGAAAGAGCUAAAGAAGUAGGAGCAGAUCCAAAUGACAUUGUUUCGUUGGGAAAGUCGCCAAAUCAUGAGAACGUAGGAGAAGAUGUAUCUCAAUUAGACGAUGUUAUACUCGAACCUGAAACAACAACAGACAAAAUAGACACGAAGGCGAAUAAGACCAAGAAGAAGAAGAAGAAAAAGAGAAAGAAGCACAAUGCAGGGAAGGAUAUUGAGAAUAAAAAAGACAACGCGGAGAAUGCAAAACCGAAAGAAGAUCUGCCAGAGAUUGAAUAUAUUCAAGAGAUUCCAAGUGUCAAUGAUCUGGAGCCAAUGUAUCGUCAAUUUGCCAGAAUAUUCGAGGCGUUCAAACUGACCGAACCAGAGCCAAAGUCUGCAGAAGCAGAAAAGGGAGAGCCAAUAGGACAGUACCCGCCAGUGUCAGCAUUGCAAACAGCAGGAACUGUACCCAGUAAAGUGCCGCCAUUGGAUGAUUUCGAUGACGAUGCGAAUCAACAGCAACAGCAACAAGGAACUGGGGAGAAUGGUGCUCCGCGCCUCUCUAAGAGAAAGCUGAAGAGGCUAACGCGUUUGAGCGUCGCGGAAUUGAAACAACUCGUGGGACGACCGGACGUUGUAGAGAUGCAUGACGUUACUGCUAGAGAUCCGAAACUUCUCGUGCAGUUGAAGGCUCAUCGUAACACAGUGCCUGUACCGCGGCAUUGGUGUUUCAAGAGAAAGUAUUUACAAGGGAAACGAGGUAUAGAGAAGCCCCCGUUCGACUUGCCGGAUUUCAUAAAGCGCACGGGUAUAACAGAGAUGAGAGCGAGCCUCCAGGAACGCGAUGACACACGUACGUUGAAAGCCAAGAUGCGAGAAAGAGCGAGGCCCAAGCUUGGCAAAAUAGAUAUUGAUUAUCAGAAAUUGCACGACGCAUUCUUCAAAUGGCAAACCAAACCGCGGAUGACCAUCCACGGUGACUUGUACUACGAGGGUAAAGAAUUCGAAACUCGGUUGAAGGAAAAGAAACCUGGAGAGUUGUCCGAUGAGCUGCGUACUGCUCUUGGUAUGCCAGUAGGGCCUAAUUGUCACAAAGUACCACCUCCAUGGUUGAUCGCGAUGCAGCGAUAUGGACCACCACCAAGUUAUCCCAACUUAAAGAUACCUGGUUUAAAUGCACCGAUUCCAGAAGGCUGCGCGUUUGGUUAUCACGCUGGUGGUUGGGGAAAGCCUCCUGUAGAUGAAACAGGAAGACCUUUGUAUGGUGACGUAUUCGGUAUAUCUCGAACUCCAGGUGGUGAUAACAUGGAUGAAGAGAUUGACAGAGGCAUGUGGGGUGAACCUGAGUCAGAAUCCUCUGGAGACGAGGAUGAAGAUGAAGAUGCAGAGGAAGGUGGAGAAGGCGAAGGAGAAGGAAAAGACGGAGACGGAGACACGAGUGGUUUAGUUACACCUGGUGCAGAGGGAUUGAUAACACCUAGUGGAAUAACGUCGAUUCCAGCGGGAUUAGAAACCCCAGAAACAAUAGAAUUAAGGAAAAAGAAAAUUGAGAGUGAAAUGGAAGGAGGCGACACUCCUGCUUUAUACACGGUUUUGCAAGAAAGACGAACAGAGGGUCUUGGAGCAAGCAUGAUGGGUAGUACACACGUGUACGACAUGACUGGUGCAGCAGGAGGACAAGCACCACCAUCUGUAAUUGCCGCACGUCGUGGAGUGAGUGGCACAACAUCAGAUGGAAGAACAGAGAAAGAUGGAGCUGUUGAGUUGGCAUUAGAUCCGAGCGAAUUAGAUUUAGAUUCUGAAGCAAUGGCAUCGCGGUACGAAGAAACGAUGAGGUCGCGACAAGCUCAUUUGAGGAGGGAAGAUCUAUCGGAUAUGCUUCAAGAUCAUGUGCAACGGCAAAAGGUAAGUACAUACUGUUGAAUGUUCAUAAAUUAAUGAAUAAUUAAUUCGUCGAAUAAAUUUUGCUUAUUUCUUUCUUUACAGAGUAAACGUAAACGACAACAGAGUCAAGAUUCGAAAGCCUCUAAGAAAUACAAAGAAUUUAAGUUCUAA